UCCAGCGCAUAUCAUCAUUAGAAUUUCUUCAGUACAGGGGCCAUUACAGGGGCGAGGACAUAAUUUACAGGGGCAUUGGCCCCAGUUGGCCCCUGUCUAGAACCGCCCAUGCAUGUAGGCAUUUUUACUGCGCAUCUUCGUGGGAGUGGGGAGUACCAGCAUGGCGGUCGAUGGGUUCACUUUUUUCGGGCAAUCAGCCAUCCAGUGCAUAAACAGAGAUCAGUUAACUUUACCCAUUAAGCCAUCAUGGCGGGUCUCUGGACUCUGCUAAUUAGCUGGGCCUGUUGAUUGGUUGGUGCUAAUUACACCAGGUGCGUCAGUGUCUGCUCAUUGGCCACAUCGUUGUAAUGGUGGAGUACAUUUUGAGUCCCAAACAAGGCGGUGAUUAACGCCUCCUCCUCGCUGCAGACCCACCAAGUCCAGGGCUGACCCAGCAGUACCAUGACCCGUGAAACCCCCAGAGAAGCUGUGGAGCAGCCUGUGGACAACGAGGGCAGAGUAGUGAGGAGAGACGGCGUCCUCCGCUCCUUUGUUCGCGGCCUCUUCUGGCCUUUCAGUCUCGCGUUGAGGUCCUUCCGAGGAUUUUGGUGGAUGCUUAGUAGAUCUCCGCCUCAAGACGCACCCACCUCCAUCUCCGUGGUUUCCAGCCCCGUGCGCCAAAACCUCACCGGCCGGAAGCGCCUCUACAGGGUCACCCGGCUGCUGCUGCGCAUCCUGCCCUCCUGGGCGCAGGCCGCCCUGGGCUACCCGGUGUCUAGCAGCGUUGGGUGCUCUCUGUCCCCAGAGAUCAGUGUUUCACCCACUAAACCACAUGGAAAGGGCAGCAAGAGAAAACAAGAUGAGCUUGAUGAUGACGAGGAGGAGGAUCAUCCAUCUUGGGUGGAGGUGCUUUCUAAGGAACUUCCAGAUGAUGAAGGCCAAGAGGAAGAUCCUGACUAUGAGGUCAGCACCGAGGAGGAAGACAGUGAGGAAUAUGCCUCAAAGGCCGACACAGAGAGUGAUCUUGAAAUUACAGAAGGUCGCGUCGUUAUUCGUGACGUGAACACGGAUGUUGCUGUCCCGAUGCCAGCUGAAGAGUCUACAGCUGCUGUUUAAACUUUCUCUAUUGCUGUAAUUUUUGUAUGUUUAUAUAUUUGGUAAUUCAAUAAAACUUUAAUGUGCUGUUUUGUCACC